AUGGAUUACACAGACGUCGACCCGCCUCGCGGGCGCUCGUCGCUAUCGCCCACCGAUGGCCACGCUCGAAGUCGCUCGCCCCCUCGUCGAUCAGCAAGAGACUCUGCCAGCCGCAGUCCGCUGCCCGAGAGAUCCCGUCGCGACCGUGACGAGGAAAGCCCACGCCGCAAUGGCGAUUCUAGCCGCAAGCGUAGUCGUAGUCCGGACUACAGGUCUCGCGAUCGCUCUCCACGUCCACGCACGCACCGCCCUCAACCGGGCCAGGAACCUGAGCCUUCCAAUGUGGUAGGCGUUUUCGGACUGUCCAUCCGCACCACCGAAGCAGAUCUUCAAGAACGCUUCUCUACAGCUGCUCCCGUAGAGAAGGUCGUGAUUGUCUACGAUGCACGAAGCGGCCGCUCUCGCGGUUUUGGCUUCGUCACCUUGGCCGAUAUCGCUGGUGCUGAGGCAGCUAUCAAGGAGAUCAAUGGCGUGGAGCUUCACGGGCGCCCUCUUCGUGUCGACUUCAGUACGACCAGAAAGCCUCAUGACCCGACGCCUGGAGAGUACCGCGGCACCGUCCGUCCAGAUGACAGAGCUCGCCCCCCUCCUGGCUUCCGUCCACCGCCACCUGGUUUCUAUGGAGGAUAUCCGCCUUAUGGACCAAUGCCUCCGCGAGGCUACGGUCCACCUCCUGGGCCUUACGACUAUUACGCGCCUCCUCCACCCUACGGUGGCGGGUUCUACAGACCUCGACCUCCCCCGUCGCACCGCAGGCCUGCUGACAGCGCCUCGGAGUGGCGUCGUCGCCCCAGCCCACCUCGCCGCCCAACCGACUCGAGAGACCGCUCUCGCAGCCCUAGCCGUCGUCGUCGCGACUCGGGAAGCCCGCCACCUCGCCGCCGUCACCGCGACAGCCCAUCCCGCGACUAG